GUUUAGCGACGGAAGAGCUAAGCCACUCCUCCCGGACAUCUCUCGUCUAUGCUGGGAGCAGAGAAGAGGCUAAAAAUGGCGAUAAAAAUGGAUAAGACGAUGAUCAUCGUUUGUUCAGUGAUCGGGUCUUUAGGGGUGUUGAGUGCCAUCUUGGGGUUCUCUGCAGAGGGGACAAAGCUCACUAUCUUGUGUUGAGCUGUGGUUUGUACGUGUACGCGCUUGCUUGCCUAACUGAACUCGAAUCAUGCUUGCAUCAUGCAUGCAGCCAUAUACAAUACUGGUGUAUGGCGACGAGUGCAUCUACCCGCAGAACCCAGCGCUUGGGCUCGGGGUCUGCGCCGCUAUCUUCCUGCUGGUUGCCCAGGUCACCUUCUCGGCGGUCGGCGGCUGCUGCGGUUGCUGCAAGUCCCGCUCCAUCCCUUCGGAGACCAAGCGGAUCGUCGGCAUCGUCUGCGCCGUCUUCUCAUGGAUAGCGGCGGUGAUCGCGUGGGCGCUGCUCAUAGAGGGAGCGUCGUGGAACGCCAACGUGGUGCGGGAGACCGCGCCGUUCUGCCCCUACCUCAAGGACGGCAUCUUCGCCGGCGCGGGCGUGCUCGCCCUCGCUGCCACAGCGCUCGGCGUCACGUCCUCCAUCAUGCUCCAACGACAGCCGGUGGCAGCGGCAGCGGCCGUCGGCACACCAAACAGCAAGCGGACAGGCGAGCAGUCGCCGCCGCCUGCCGGAGUUGCUUUGGGCCAGCCGAUGUUUCCACAACCGAGCAAACCAGAGCCGGAGUUGCCUUCGGUAGCUGAUCGUCCUACUGCUGCCCAUCCGCAAGGGUACAGAGAAGCACCACAGAACUAACCCUGUUCAUGGUCCGGUUUUCCGGGUUCCUGGUUUGUUCCAAACCAAACCAAGAGGCAACUUGCUGGUGCGGGCCGGGCUGGUUUUGUACGGGUUGCUAACAGCUAGGAGAACCGUGGGUGCGGGUUGGUAUGGCUGGUUUGGCUGGGUUACGCUGGUUAUUAGGUAGAGGGACUGCUGCAGAGACCCGCCUGCCUGGUGCCUGCAGAUGUUGUUGUGUAUACGAAUCUAAUGAAGCAAAGUAUUGUGCUGUGUAAAGAACAGAAAAAUAAGCAAAGUAUUAGACUGAGAUAAUUGAACAUAUUUCCUGUCAACAUGAUCAUGAUUAAUUGAACAA